AAGAAUCAGCCGCCAAAAGUAAGAAGCAAAAUUUGGCAGACGACACAAUUCAAGGUCUUGGCCCAUCAUGCAAUUAUUUGAAGUUUAUCAUCAAUACGGCGCCCGGUGAUGUAUAUAAAAAUACUUCAAUCCCAUUGCCCGCUUCGGUUUGGCAUUAUGACGAAGAUCGACAAACUUAUGUAAAUGAGGUUGACGUUGAAGAGUUCCUUAGAGGGGCGUGCCUCAACAUUUCAGUGAUCCAAGUCUAUAUGAUGUGUUUAUUCCACGAACACACCUUUGCAUUUGACAACUCUCAGAUUGGGUUUGUUUGUCCCGAGGCAAUGUCAAGCUCUAGAAUCAAGGCCAACCCUCAGGCUGCAUCAAUGUAUUUGAAAGUAGUUUUCAAUGCUGAAAUUGAAAAGGAGAAGAAGGGUGAUCCUAACAUUACCAAGUGGUUUUUGAUCCCAUACCAUCAAGAAAAUCAUUGGAUUUUGUACGUGUUAGACCUACGUAGAGGUUGUGCGUAUAUUUUCGACUCUGCGAUAGGUUCCAACCGAGAAAAUAGUGCAUGGGGAAUCUUGUGUUUGGCAUACCAAGUGUACAAGUUUAAUGAUGGGAUUUGUCCGAAUAGAGCGACUAUGCAGGGGUUGAAAGGCUUCCAUGUAAAGUGUGCUCAACAAGUCGGCGCCCACGAGUGUGGCUAUUACGUUAUGAAGUUCAUGCAUGAAAUAGUCACGUUACACCAUAACACUGAUGAGCGGUUAGACAAUGCUUACACUCCAAGAAAUGCGCCUUAUACCGAUGAGGAAAUAGAUGUGGUUCGUGAGCAAUGGGCUAAGUUUUUUACAACCGAGUAUUUAUUUACUUAGGUUGUUUAGACACAAAGAUGGAAGCGUUUAUAUCUUCAUGGAUUUGGCUAGGGAUCGAGUCGAUUGGAAGAAAGUCAACACGACCUUACUUAAGGUUUGUAAUGCAUGAUCUAAAGGGACCUAAGUGGCUGGAUUAGAGACAUUUGUU